UACACGGCGGUUUGUGGCGCGCCGCUGUUGUUGACUUGCUGAGACAGGAGACUGCGGAGGACCGAAGAGACCAGAGUUCUCGACUCGGGAGCUAUAUAAGGUUGUUACAUUGGCCCGAUGAGCGAGAGUUGACACUGCAGAUCAACACCAUGAAGACCAUAGUAAUCCUGAUCGCCCUUGCCGCCGUUGCAUACGGUUCGGACUACAACUCGCAGAAAAACUACAAUAAUGGCCAGGGAAGAUACCAGGCGGUCACGCUGCCGGGUAGAGUUCAGCAUCGCCCAGUCACUAUUCCUGGACGUCGUCCCGUCAACCCACCGGGAUAUAAUGGACAAGGCGCAAAUUACAAUAACAAUGGCUUCAACAAUGGCAAUGGCUACAACCGUCCCGCAGGCGGACUUGCAAAGCCUCUGAUCCCUGGACGAAAUGUUAACGACUACCAGCGACCAGCCGGCGGACACGCCAAACCAUUGGUCCCGGGCUACAACCAGCAGCAGGGCUACAAUCAACAGCAGGGCUACGACCAACAGCGCGUCAACGGCGGACGUGGAUCCUAUUAGUCAAAUUGGAAACCACGCAAACUGUGAUUUGUCCAAAAUGUUCUCAGACCAGCACAAAAGUACUUAAUUAAAAAGGAGUGUUUCAAAAACAAUUUUUUCAAAUUAUAUUAAGAAGCGUUUAUAAAUGAAAUUAUAUGUAUUUUGAAAUAAAGAUUGCUUAUUUUUAAAUUCAGCA